AUGGGUUAUGAAGGAAAAGGAUUAGGAAAGCAUGGGCAAAGAAUUCAAGAGCCCAUUCAGCCUAUUAUGAAACCAAAGCAUGAAGGUCUCGGAUAUGAUAAGAAAGAUAGCUCAGAAGUGGCUAGUAUUUCAGGUUCGAGCAAAUCAACAGAAAGAAUACAAAAUAAUAGACGGAGGACUGCUCUUCACCUCGCUUCAUUGAAAGGAAGCACACAUAUUUGUCAACUGCUUGUUGAUUGCGGUGUUUCAUUGACUGCUAAAGACAUAAAUGGUAAGACAGCCCUGCACUAUGCAUUCGAAGGACGGACUGAUAAAGUGAUAGAUGUUGGUAUCGAGAUUGCACAAACUUUGCUAAGUAGGUGUGACAAGAAAAGUGUAUAUGAGUUUGUAAAUGCCGUGGAUGAGAGCGGAAAGACUGCUCUUCAUAGUGCUUCAGAGAAUGGAAAGGCAGUUAUCUGUGAACUGCUUGUUGAUCGUGGUGCUUCAGUAAAUGCUCAAGACAAAGAUGGUAUGACCACCCUGCACUAUGCAUUUGAAGGAGGGAUUGAUAAAGAUAUAGAUGUGGCUACAGAAACUGCACAAGCUUUGCUAGGCAAGUGUCCCGUUGAAAGUAUUUAUGAAUUUGUUAAUGCUACAGAUGUGAGAUGGAGGACUGCUCUCCACAGAGCUUCAGAGAAAGGAAAUGCAUGUAUCUGUGAACUGCUGCUUGGUAGUGGUGCUUUAGCGACCGCUCAAGACGAAAAGGGUAUGACAGCCCUGCACUAUGCAUUUGAAGGAGGUUUUGAUAAAGAUAUAGAUGUUGGGAUAGAUAUUGCAGGAACUUUGCUACACAGUUGUAAUGAGAAAAGUCUAUAUGAAUUUGUCAAUGCAGUAGAUAAGAGAGGGAGGACUGCUCUUCACAGUGCUUCAGAGAAAGGAAACGCAUGCAUUUGUGGACUGCUUGUUGAUCACGGUGCUUCAGUGAUGGCUCAAGACGAAAGGAAUAUGACACCCCUGCACUACGCACUUGAUGGAAGGUUUGAUGAAGUCAUAGACGCACUACUGAAAAGUUCGCGUGCUACUAAAUCACUUAAUUUGAAAGACAAUAGAGGGUACACACCUUUAGGUGUAGCUCUUACCAAUAUGGAUCAUAAGUCAACAGUGAAGUUGUUAUUACAAUCAAAAGAGCCCUAA